AUGUCCAUCUGGAAACGCCCGGAUACCGUUCCCUUUCCCACCGUUUGGCACAGAUUUAGCGGCCGUUCUCCCGACACGGCGGAACUGGACAAAUACGUUGUGCAGGAUAUACCAGAGGAUCGAUUCGACGACUGUAUCGACCAUAUGUGCUCGUACUUCCUGCGCGACGAGCCAAUAUGCCGUUGUUUGGAACUAGCGAACGAUCCGAUCGCAAUUGCCGAUAUCAGCACCAUUUGGCGCAAGGUGCUACAGCGACGAUGUGCCGUUGUGUGUUUUCGGGAGGCCGAUGAUCGCGACGAGAUCGUGGGAAUCAACAUGCUGAAUGUCGUCUCGCGCGACGAUCCAAAAACCACCGAGCAAAUUUCCUCGACUGGCCUGAAGGUGUUCUACGACUGCACCAUUCACAUGACGGAACGGGGGCAACUGUUCGAACGCUUUUCGGUGGACCAUUUUCUCUCCGCGUGGGGCUUGUCGGUACAUCCGCGCUUCCGUGGGCUUGGGCUGGCAAAGGAAAUUCUGCGCGCUCGUAUUCCUUUCUGCCAAGCAAUGGGACUCAAACUGUCGGCGACUGUUUUCUCUCAUCCUGGAUCGCAGAUACCGGCGGCGAGGGCGGGCUUUCAGGAUGCCGUGGUGGAAAAGUUUUCCGAUCUGGCCGAGAAAGGAUUCGUUAUGCCAGGCAUCAACGUGGAGUACAAUAAGCUAAUGGUGUUGAAGGUAGACCAUCAAUAG